UGUCGCCAAUAUUACAAACGGACUAUACUAUUGAGUUUCCGUUAUACUCCAGACGUAAACUACAAUUCAAGGGGUAACGACGUUAUAUGCAAUCCAGUCGAUUGUGAAAGCUAAAAAAAUUGAAUAGAAGGACAUUAAAUUGUUGAUAUAAUUGUACUCCGAGAUAUGUUGCUAAUGCGGUUGUAAGACAAAAUGUUGCGUUUCAUUAGGACAAGAAACUUUCCCGGACGAUUUCUUGUUCUGUUAUUCCUGCCAACUUUUGCAAAAUUAGAAGAUGAGUACUGUAGGCCAGAAGACGCUACGAAUAUGGCAGUAUCUUUUCGAUUAUUGCAGAAAGAUGCCUGCUCUGUCCCGAAAACUAGUCGCAUAUCUGAAGCCACAUACAGUUUAUCAAGCAGCUGCGCUCAGAAAUGUUUGCAGGAACCUUUUUGUGUUGGGUAUAACUUUAAGAAUAUGCUAAAGAAAACGAACUCGAACUGUCAGUUAGCACACGCUCUGAACUACAACAUGAGCAAUUGUAACAUAGACGACGAAGGCUGGGUGUUUUAUCAUUUGCUUGGGCAAAGGAAGGUGCCUUGUAGUAAAAUGAAAAAUUGUAAAAAUGGAGGAAAAACAGUCAUUGAUCUUAACGAUGGACCUGGAUCAGAUCCUUACAAGUGUAGAUGUGAAGGAAAAUACAAAGGAAAUCUUUGUGAAUAUGCUACAGACCUCUUCUCUGAAUCCACGAUACUGUCUGGAAUACUUCACUUAUAUCAAAAUUUGCUACAAACAUGGAUCGGAAGAAGCUAUAAUACAUUGCUUUGUUGGCGCGCAAGUAGAGAUGGAUGGGCAGCAGCUACUUUCCACGCAAGAUGUGAUCACAAGAAACCAACUGUAACAUUCAUUAAAGUUGGUGUAUAUAUCUUUGGUUUCUACGUUACAGAGUCUUGGGAUGGAAGCAGCUACAAACAAGCUCCUGGUUCUUUUAUUUUCUCGUUACGCAACAAGGAAAACCUAGCUCCAUUUAAAGCUCCAUUGAAGAACGAAAAUGAUGGCGCCGCCAUGCAUGCCACUUCCACUUAUGGACCAACGGUUGGAAAUGGUCAUGAUGUUCACAUCGCCAACAACGCUCAUUACAAUACUGGCUCCUACACAUAUUUUGGGCAUGCUUAUAAUUAUGAAUCCAAACACAGCAUCCUGGCAGGGACCUACCAUUUCACACCUUCUGAGGUGGAAGUGUUUCAUCUUGUAUAAACGCGAACAUAACGUUGUCUGCAAAAGAAAAAAGUAUCCCAUUUUAAUAGUAAGGAAUGACAUGUAAUUUCUUAUACCUUCUUUGGUUCUUAGGGCGCUUUCCUUUAUACGUUAAAAACUGAUUUCGGUGCAGACAAUCUAACUCUGCAUUCAAGUGUAUCGUUAUUUACAUCCGCCUAGCACAGGAAAUGUAGUUUCGAUAACCGCUAUAUUCUUAACGAAAAAUUCCAUUUCAAUUCAAAAUUUCACCGGUCUGAGUUUUGUCCGCGUAAAGGAAAGCAUCCUCAGUGUCACAUGCUUACACUUAUUAGAAAGCCACCCUGCGUGGUACAGGCCUCCAGGGUGCUAAGGAUUUCGGACACCUAAAAUAAACUCGUUGAUAAACAGUUAAAAUUGUCCCUAUCAUUUCAAUCUACCACAAGAAAAAUAUAUUGACCUAAAGCCGAAAAGGAUUCCACUCCAUGAGCCGUAUGGGAAGUUCCACUUAAAUCACCAGCGUACUAGAAGACCUUAGAAUCUGUGAUGAUAUACUGCGUUGAAAAUAGCGAUAAUCUCUGUUCAUUUUAUUCAUUGUACCUCGAACAUAUUUGGCUGAAACACUCUUUAGAAUAAUGGCUGCUAUAUAGUAACUAUAUUAAAAACUUGAUUUUUAAAAGCAUCACAGUAGCGUCGACCUUGCGACCUUUGCAGUACAAAGUACUUCAAACUGAGGCUGAGCUACAGUAAACAGUGGCCAAAAAAUUUUGUUCCAGAUAUUUUCUUCAUUAAACAUUGCAUAUACUGUAUAUUCAGGGCCGUAGCUAGACCGAUUGAUUGGGGGGGUGUAUAUAUUCAUAUAUUCAUGUUUAUAUGCCAUAGGAACAAUGGCAUACAAAAGAAGUCAUUCGGGCAAAAACGAAUUAUAUGAAUAUGCACCCCCACCCCAAUUAAACUUCUAGCUACGGCCCUGUGUAUAUUUAGUUGUUUAUAUAGUAUUUAGCAUGCAUGCAGCAAGCGGAAUUUUAUGAUAUCUUACCACGGUCGCGAAUCCUAUAUUUAUGCUCGAGCGAAAGCGUAUAUUUGUUUGUUUUUUUAAGAUUUA